AUGUUUUCCGUUUAUGAAUACUUUUUUAACCAACCCAAUCAGGAUAUGGAUUCUUGGCUAUCAAACAGAGACCAAGUUCAUCCGUUUGAUAAAACGACUUUUCUGUCGGAUCAACCUAGACCGCAUCUCCGGUUCAUGUCGUGUUUCCUGGAAAGUCAAAUGUUUGCUAACUUCAUUGAUGCCAAAGUUCUGGCCUAUUAUGGUCAAUACAGCCACUCUGUUCGCGUGUUGGACGCACCUCUUGAGUGGAUAUCCAAGAAUGGAGAAGUCGUUGUCCGAGUAUCUCCUUUGAGAACAAUUCGUGGCAUACCUAGCCACUUGACAUGUUGCAAGACCAAAAAACAAUUCGUUUACGGCCUUCUCAAAGGAAUUGGUGCCAAUCUACAUUCCCAGUCUCUUAUCCAAUUCGGACAAAUGAUUUUAUCCAUGUGCGGGGAAAAAGCGCCAGACAUGAAAAAUCCUUUUCUAUGUCGAUACGAUUCCAAGCUGGAUGCUUUAAUCACACUCGACUCUUAUGUCUUGGACAGCACUCACUGGAAUAAUGACGAGCAACAUUCAUUAGUGCCAACGACCGACUUGCUCAUCAAUUACAAGAUGAUUCAACCAUGGUUCGACAACAAGGAACAUGUUCUUGUUGUUGUUCCGGAAGCUUGCGGGAAAAGCCUGCUUGUCAAACACUGCUUAAGGCAGAUGCGAUCCACACGCAUUGUAAUUUUCCAUUGCAAGCUUCAACUACUCCGCAGAACGUUCUUCAUAAAUUGCUUCAGGUACAAAAUCGGAUAUGUUUCAGUCGUCUUUGUUCGAUUGACAAGGACGAACUGCUGGACGACCAUCAACCACCACUGGUUAGCCACUUGCAACAGUCACCGGCCAAACGAUGCUGUCUGGGUCUACCGCUGUCCGUCAGCUUGCCGUCGAGUCCCAGCUCGGAUAGUUCGUCCUUGCAGAGUUCCAUGAUGGCCAAACGGACCCGAAUCUACACGGCCGACCAGUUGGCCAUCCCGCCGACAAACGGCCAGCAGCAGCAGCCGGUGGUGAUUGUCAUAAUGUUAUGGUGAUUGUUAUAAUGUUAUGUGUUUCAGAAUUUCAGUGUUACAGUGUUUUGAUGUUCCUGCACACUUUGCUGAACGUUGGUGAACAGAAACUGUGAUUAGCAAAGAAUGUGUGAAAGUGUGUGUGUUUCUAUGUGUGUAAAU